UAUUACGAUUGUGUGAGUUUCUACAGUUUAAAUGUGCUUGUAAAUUUGACAACGUCGCAGUUAUCGUCCUCCGGAAACCUGGUUCAGCCAUUUUUCUUUUCGUUAUUGACUGUCAAAUAAGAGGAACACGCGGUCAAGACUGAUUCGCAAAUAAGACAGCAUGGCUCCGAGGUAUGAAAUCGCCGUGGGGCUCAACAAGGGCCACAAAACCACCAAAAUCCAGGCCGGCAAAACCAAGGGCGACAAACUGCGUCCCGCCAGGUUGAAGGGGAUCCAAACCAAACACACCAAGUUUGUCAGGGAUCUGAUCCGCGAGGUGGUUGGCUUCGCCCCCUACGAGAAGAGGGCUAUGGAAUUGUUGAAGGUCUCCAAGGAUAAGAGGGCCCUGAAGUUCCUUAAGCGCCGUCUUGGCACACACAUCCGCGCCAAGAGGAAGCGUGAAGAAUGCUCCAACAUCCUUGCACAAAUGCGUAAGGCCCAGGCUCACGCUAAGUAGACUUGUUAAAUCCUUUUUUAUAAAUAAGACCUUAAUAAAUUCUACAUAAGUGG